AGGAAGAACCGAAACCGAAAGAGGGAAAGGGGGAUGAAUAAAAAGGCGUUAGGGUGGUGAGAAAAGAGUGAUGUGCUUGGAUGCUCCGAUCACAUGGCUUCUUCUCCUCCGUCAUAUCAGACAGAUGUUCCUCUGCCCUCUGCCUCUCAGCCUGGUAACAAGCUUCUGGUUCAUGAAGAUCGUUCUACUCCGGUUCCAAUUCAUAUUGUCACCAGGGCAUCUCAACUUCCAGUUGAAUUCCUCCAACCCUCACCCCAAAAGCAACUCGUCAUUGGUUUCGAUUGUGAGGGUGUCGACUUGUGUCGCUAUGGGGCUCUAUGUAUAAUGCAGCUUGCAUUUCCGGAUGCUAUAUACCUGGUUGAUGCAAUCGAAGGGGGAGAGACGCUUAUCAAAGCCUGCAAGCCUGCACUUGAGUCUAGUUACAUAACAAAAGUGAUUCAUGAUUGCAAACGAGACAGUGAGGCAUUGUAUUUUCAGUUCGGAAUCAAGUUGAACAAUGUGGUGGAUACCCAGAUUGCUUAUUCACUGAUAGAGGAGCAAGAAGGACGGAAGAGAUUGCCAGAUGACUACAUUUCAUUUGUUGGCCUCCUUGCAAAUCCGUAUUAUUGUGGUAUAUCAUAUGUUGAGAAAGAAGAAGUUCGCAUCCUACUUCGUCAGGACCCCAAGUUUUGGACAUACAGGCCAUUAUCUGAAUUAAUGGUCCGUGCAGCUGCUGAUGAUGUCCGCUUUCUUCUCUACAUUUAUCACCGGAUGAUGGAGAAAUUAAAUGAACGGUCGCUAUGGUAUCUUGCAGUUCGUGGUGCCCUCUAUUGCCGAUGCUUUUGUGUCAAUGCCAAUGAUUAUGUGGACUGGCCUUCUCUACCUCCUAUUCCAGAUAAGUUGACAGUGGAUGGAGAUGCUCCUGAGGAAGAAAUCCUUUCGGUCCUUGAUGUUCCCAAGGGAAAGAUGGGACGUGUUAUUGGGAGAAAAGGGGCGACAAUUUUGUCAAUUAAGGAGUCCUGCAAUGCGGAAAUUCUCAUUGGAGGUGCGAAGGGGCCACCUGACAAGGUUUUUAUCAUCGGACCAGUGAAGCAGGUGAGGAAAGCAGAGGCCAUGUUAAGGGGUAGAAUGUUGGAUGUGUAGGGAAGAAAAAAACGAUGCUUCUGUUUGGACGGAACAUAUUAAAUAAGUUGGAGUCUUUUUGAGCAUAUAAA